AUGGGACCUAACUCCGGAGGGGGCCGCAGGAAUCAGAAUGCCUCCAAUGUGCCCACAAGGGCGAUCUUCAGCAACAAGGGUGGGGGAGCUUCCAUAGGCAAGGGCAAGGAUGGCAAGGGCAAGGAGAAGGGCAAAAGAGAGCCCCGACAAAACUUCCAGUCGCAGAAGGAGAUGGACAAGGCCAAGGGCAAGGGCCGCACCGCCUCGACCCUGUCGCCUGCGGAGCAGCAUAUUGCGAAUGCUGCCGCAAGAGCGCAAGGCGGCGUUGCGCAGGAAGAGCCUUCGAUAUGGGAGUCUGCGUUUGAGCCGUCCUACAUCCACGGCUGCUUCUACUUGACGAGAGAUGAUAAGAUAGCACUGGAGCCACUGCUCACUCCUUUGGCUGAGGGCCUGGAGGAUGCUGCCGAGGGUCUUCCCGAGGACAUCGUGGAAGAAGCACAGGAGCAUUUGCAGGAGCUCGGGAUUCAGACUCCGAAGUCACAGAACGCCCUGGCAGUGGUUGGCCCACGCCUUUGUCGCGAGUUCUGGGAUCGAGACCUCGAGGUGACGUCCAAAGCCGCAGCAGAGCGCGCCCUGGAGUGGAUUUGCUGCACCUCCGCGGAGACCUCGUUGCCUUCGAAGCUGAAAGAGCCUCGUGAUGUUGCCUUGGCUCGGAAGCAGCAGGAGGAGCGCAAUGUGUCCUUCCAGACCAAGGCACUCUUGCAGGGUGGCCAGAUCGAAGGAACGUACAUCACGCGCAUCGAGAAGCUUGGCUUCAGCCGUGCGCGGGCUAUCCAGGCCCUCGCCGAGUCUCCAGGCGGUGCCUUGCUGCCGGCGGUGAAAGCCCUCCUGUCGGAGUAUUUGCCGCUGGAGCUGACACCAGGCACGGAUCCGGAUACUGCCAGCCCUGCAUCACCAGAGGAGCUCAUCGAUGAGGUUGAGGCCAUGCGGAGCAUUUAUGGCGAAGAGGAUGUUCAGACGUUCGGACAGGCCGGAUAUGAUGGCUUCGAGCUGCUGGUGACUCUUCCUGCCACUGGUGUGGCUGGUGGUGGUGGCAGGUGGUCUAUGGCCUUCAUGAUUCCAGCAGGUUUGCCCUACCCGCACGUGUCGCCCCUGCUUUGUCCCAAGCACGACAGGCUCCGUGAGGCCAAUCGACCGAGGCUUAUGGAGGCCAUCGGUGAAGUUUGUCGCCAAACUCUGGGGGCGCCGAUGUUUUUCAUCAUUUGCGAGUGGCUGCACGAGAACGGCGAUCGCUUUCUCGUUCGCGCCGGCGGAAACUCGCAAGAGGAGCCAGCGGAAGCCGAGGGCGUCCGCGGCACGCAGCGCGACAUGGCGGUGCAGCGGGCUUUGAACGACUCGGAGGCGAAGGCUCAGAGAGAGCAAGAGGAUGCAGACGAGCGGGCCAAAAGGGUGGAGUACCUGCAGCGCUGCAUGGCGGAGGAGGCCUCGAAGCCCAAGGACAAGAUUGCGGCAGAGAUCCGUUCGACACCGGAGACGGCGCAGUACGACCUGGCUGGGUACGACGAUCCCCAGGUGAAGACCCUGGUCAAAGAGGCCUUCGGCACGCCGCUGCAGACGAAAGGAAGCAUGAUCCGGGUCACCUUCGUGGUUGGUGGAGGCAAGGCGGUUCGCGCAAAGUACAGCGAGAGCCUUGCGCGAGCUCUGGGCCUUGCAUUGCAGGAUCAGGGCUUCUCCCAGGACUCGGCUGCCUCCUGCGACUUGAUGAGCGCUGGCACCUUCAAGGGGCAGCAUGACACACAGCGGAACCUGAAGCUGGUGCAUGUCUACCCGAAGGUUGAGACAGGCGCCGCAGGAACUGCGGCGAACGGCAGGGCUGAGACACUACUGGAGGCAUCUGCACGUGUGGUGGCGGCCCCGUUUGACGCUUUUACGAAGGAGGUGACCACGUGGCUGCGAUCUACAGACACUGCCCGGCUUGAGGCCCUCCAGAGCUUCCUAGCUGAGGCUGCUGAAGAGCUGGAGGCCACGGAGAAGGCUUAUCGGCUGGGACAGCAGGUGUCGGAGGCCCGCAGCAGGCGCUACGACGAACUGGGUGGCUUUGAGCAUGUGGCCGAGUGCAGACAAUGGCUGCAACGGGCUGGGGAGACUGUCGCCCCUUCGCCGCAUGCUGUCGCAGGCGCCUCCGACGGAGUCACUCUGAGUUUGGAGUCGCCGGCUUUGGCCCAGCUGCAGGAGGCCGCCGUUCCCGAAGCGCCCAGCGCUCCCGGCGGAGGUGAUGCUGUUGACGACGACGAUAGUUGGCUACAAAGCCGGCUGCAAAAAACGAGGCACGAAAGCUCCAAACUGCAAGCAGAGCUUUCUGCAGAGAAGCCCCUGCAGAAGACCCGCGAAUCGCUCCCUGCCCACGGCCAGCGGGAGGCGAUCCAGAAGGCUGUCGGCGAGUCGCAAGUGGUUGUGAUCGAGGGCGACACCGGCUGUGGGAAGUCGACGCAAGUCCCCCAGUACAUCUUCGAAGACUGGCUCAAGAAGGGCCAAGCGGGCGCUGCCAGCAUCAUCAUGACCCAGCCGCGUCGGAUCAGCGCGAUCGGCGUGGCGGAUCGCAUCGCCAACGAGAUGAACACAGGCUUGGGUGACCUGGUGGGCUACUCGAUCCGCCUCGAGGCUAAGCGCUCUGCUCGGACCAAGAUCCUGGUCUGCACCACAGGAGUUCUGCUCCGACGAUUGGAGAAUGACGAGCUCCUUCGGAAUGUGACCCACGUCAUCGUGGACGAGUGUCACGAGCGCGACUUGGAUACGGACUUCCUUCUGAUCGUGCUCCGUGAUCUUCUCCCAAAGCGGCCGAAUCUCAGGAUCGUUCUGAUGUCUGCCACGAUCAAUGCGCAGAUCUUCAAGGACUACUUCCCGGGCUCGCAGUCCAUCAGCAUCCCAGGGCGGACUUUUCCAGUGACCUCCUACUACCUGGAGCAUGCUUUGAUGCACACCAACUUCGUGAUUGAGCCAGAUUCCGAGUACUGUCGCAAGGACGUGGAGCCUCAAAUGGCCUACCAGGAGGAGGAGGAGCUGAGGCAGGCUUACGAGAAGCCGGAGAAUGCCGACCUUGUUGGAACAAAGCUUCCUCGGCAUGUGCUACAGCAGCUCCACCGAGUCGAUCCAGAGAAGAUCAACUUCGAGCUCGUUGCCCAGGUCGUGCGCCACAUCCACACGCAGGUGGAUCCUUGCAAAAACGGAAAAGCGCCAGGGGCGAUCCUGGUCUUCGUUCCGGGGCUCAGCGAAAUCAAGAAAGCGAUGCGAUGUUUGGAGGAGGAGAUGUCCGGCAGCAAAGGCAAAGCGAAGGGCAAAGACUCCUUCGAGAAAGGAGGCGACCGGGGUAAGGGCAAAGCUACCGGACCAUCUGUCACCAGAGACGGCCUUUGGUUGCUACCUCUGCACUCGAUGAUUUCUGUGGCGGACCAGCGUUUGGUUUUCAAGCGCCCGCCCAGCGGAGCUCGGAAGGUGGUCAUCACAACGAACAUUGCAGAGACAUCCAUUACCAUCGAUGACGUGGAGUACGUCGUCGACUGUGGUCGGCACAAGCAAACCAAGUACGACCCCCAGAAUCGCAUCUCGAUGCUCGUCGACUGCGUGGAGACGAAGGCAAACGCGAAGCAGCGACGCGGCCGAGCAGGCCGUGUGAAGCCUGGAGUGUGCUACCACAUGCUGAACGUUCGAAAAUGGAGGCGCCUAGAGGACUUCGAACGACCGGAGAUGCUAAGGGUACCGCUGGACUCGCUUUGCCUCCGGGUGUCUCUGAUGGGCCUCGGCCACCCUGCGAAGUUCCUUGCAAAGGCCAUCACGCCGCCCACAGACGCAGCAGUGCUCUCGUCGCUGCAGCAGCUUGUCGAGCUCAGCGCCGUGGAACUGCGCGAGAAAGUGGCCGGCUCGGCACCCGAGGAGAUCGGCAGCCGCGGCUGGGACAAGGACGAUCAGCAGCGCCUUUUGAAAGCCAAGCUGCGCCUGACUCCCUUGGGCAACCACCUCGCCCAGCUUCCUGUGGAUGCGGGCUGCGCCAAGCUUCUUGUCCUGGGGUGUAUCUUCGGCGUCCCGGGAGAUGUCUGCACACUGGCGGCCGCGCUUUCUGUGAAGUCGCCCUUUGCGGUCACCGCUGCAGGCAAAGGCAGCUCAAAAGGCGCCCAGGAGCAGCGCAAGAUGGAGCUCGCCGGCGAUCUGGAGAGUGACCAACUUGUUCUAGUGAAGCUCUUUGAGCACUGGGAGCGCCUGGGGAAACGAACGCAAGCGGCGAGGGUCUGGUGCCGUGAGAAUGGAUUGGACUUGCAGGCAUUCGAAUCUGUUUCCGACAUGCGGCGGCACCUUAUGGGUAUUCUGGUUGAGCAAGGUUUCAGCAGCCCCGAGACGUCUGACGACGGAUCGAAGAGGCGGAUGCCUGCCUGCCUUUCCAGCAUUCUGGCAGCCAAAGAGGAGUUCAAUCGCCGCCGAUUCCAGCUUCUUCGUUCGCUGCUUUGCGCCGCGUUGUGGCCAAAUGCGCUUCUUGCGAAAGACAACGGCACGCUGUUCGCACGCAAUGCCACAUCACUUGGCUUCCACAGUUCCAGCGUCCUUGCUCUGCAAGCAGACCAGGCUGCGCAGGAAGCCUCUGGUGACACUUGGCCACGGAUACCUCUCGAACAGCAGGGUGGGGGCCAGUAA